CUGUUUUGCUUUCCAUUCUGUUCUCGUUACUUCAGACGAAGCGAACGAUAAAGUAGGAAGGGUUUCACUCCAAAUCCUUUUUCCCAGAGGGUCCGGCUUUCACGUCUCCAGGUAAAGGCUCAUCUUUACAGUGUCUCUUUUGGGAAAUAUGUUGUGAAAGCCAAGCAAACUGAACGAAGAGGAUCUGCCCCAGCCAGCUCUCAAUCUCUCCUGUCCACAGCAGACAGGAUUCAUAUCAACAGCUCUGCUCAUUUCCUUACAUAGUCUACAGCACCUACAUACCUCAUUUUCUGCCAUGAAGGUGUUUAAAUUACAGAGUCUAAAAUUCUUGUGGACUCUGAAGCCUCCUAACAGGACUUUCCAUGGACACCCCAGGCUGCUUGUUUCUGAUGUACAUUCCCAGUAUGAGCCCAUCAGGCGGGGCAAACAGGAACUACCAAAGUACUUUAACUAUGCAAGUGAUGUACUGGACAAAUGGGCUGAGAUUGAAAAGGCUGGAAAGAGACCACCAAACCCUGCGUUUUGGUGGAUAAACGGAAAAGGAGAAGAAGUGAAGUGGAGCUUUGAGGAGCUGGGGUUCCUGUCUCGGAAAGUGGCCAAUGUGCUGACUAAAGAAUGUGGGCUGCAGAAGGGGGACAGACUUAUCGUGAUCCUCCCACGAAUCCCAGAGUGGUGGCUGGUGAAUGUGGCUUGUAUGCGAGCAGGAAUUGUCUUAAUUCCAGGAGUAUCCCAGUUAUCGGCCAAAGACAUCCUAUAUCGACUCCAGGCAUCAAAGGCCACGUGCAUAAUUACCACUGACAAACUGGCUCCUGCAGUGGACUCGGUGGCACCUGAGUGUCACUUUCUGAAAACCAAGCUAAUGGUGUCCCAGGGCAGGAGGGAAGGGUGGCUGAACUUCACGGAGCUGUACAAAAACCAAGCUGAUGACCAUUCCUGUGUCAAAACAAGGAUUCAAGACCCAAUGAUUAUCUUCUUUACCAGUGGAACCACAGGUUCUCCUAAGAUGACUCAACAUUCCCAGGGUAGUCUUGGUUUCAGACCCCUUUUAAGUGAAAGGUACUGGUUGGAUUUAACACCUUCUGGCAUGAUAUGGAACACAGCAGACACAGGAUGGAUACUAACUUCAGUAGCAUCUGUUUAUGAUCCCUGGGUUUUCGGGUCAUGCGUCUUUAUACAUAACCUACCACAGACUGACUCAACAGUCAUCUUAAAUACCCUCUGCAGAUUCCCAAUUGAUGCUCUGGUUGGUGCUCCAACAUUGUUCCGCAUGCUGGUGCAAAAUGAUCUCUCCAGCUACAAAUUCAUGAACCUGAAGUACUGCGUGAGUGGAGGGGAACCACUCAACCCAGAAGUCAUGGAGCAGUGGAAGAGCCAGACUGGGCUGGACAUCCAUGAAGUUUAUGGUCAAACUGAAAUGGGAAUAAUCUGCUCUGUUUUUAAAGGAAUGAAGAUUAAACCUGGAUCAAUGGGGAAGGCAGCUCCCCUUUAUGAUGUUCAGAUCAUAGAUAAAAAUGCUAAUAUCCUGCCUCCAGGACAACAGGGGGAAAUUGCUGUCAGAAGCAAACCUAUAAGACCACUUGGGUUUUUCUCUGAAUAUGUAGUAAGGACUUUACUUUAUUCCUCAUCACCACCAAUCUCCUCCAAAAUCUCUCCAGAUAACCCCAAGAAAACUGCAGAAAGUGAACAUGGGGAUUUUUAUGUCACUGGAGACAGAGGGACUAUGGACGAAGAUGGAUAUUUUCAUUUUAUUGGAAGAGAUGAUGACAUCAUAAUUUCUUCAGGGUAUCGCAUUGGGCCGUUUGAAGUCGAGAAUGCCCUGAUAGAGCACCCAGCUGUGGUAGAAACAGCUGUUGUCAGCAGCCCAGAUCCCCUCAGAGGAGAGGUUGUGAAAGCAUUUGUGGUUCUGUCCCCAGCCUUUUCAUCCAGUGACCUGAAGAGCUUAGCUCGGGACUUGCAGGACCAUGUCAAGAAAACCACUGCUCCAUAUAAAUACCCCAGAAAGGUGGAAUUUGUCCAAGAGCUGCCCAAGACAGUCACUGGGAAGAUCAAGAGGAAUGAAUUACGAGACAAAGAGUGGGGACGGGUGUAGCAUUGUUAGGAAUUUAACAAAACUUCUCUCAUUCCAUUUGCACUAUAUAGAUUUCACUAAUAUAACUGCCCUCAUUCUGAUUGCUUUUUGUUAGAUGCCUGAGCAUCAAAAAACUACAGACAACACCGAGGUGUGAUAUUUACGCUUGCUUGCAAAGUUCCUAAUGUCAGUACUUGACUGGAUUGUAUUAUUCUGACUGAAAAAUAAAUUUUUCAAUAGACUGUUUCAAUAGCCUUUCCCUUUGAGACUCCUCCAUCUCUCUUACAGCCCAGAUUCUAUUUGGUGUUACUCUCAAGAGACAGUAGAAAAGGUGAUACCUGCAUCAGAAAAGGUGUUCUUUAUCAAAUAGAUUUUGAUGCAUUAUUGACAAUCUGGCCCCAUGCUAACUCCAUAAGUAAACACAGCUGAUCACAUGCCUAUUGUGGUAAGAUCUGAUGUUGUCUUCCUCCCUUGAAACUACAGAUGAACCUGUAUUAGAUACCACUGGGAUUAUGUACAGGGAAAUGAAAUGUUCCUUCACCUAAUCAAGUUGUGUCUGCGAACAUAAAUUUAUCCUAAUUAUUUUAAUCAAAAGAACCAGAUUUUACCAAUUCAAUACAGUUAUAAAGCACUGAAUUUUGAGUGACAUUCUGAAUGACUGCUUGAACAGCGAAAGAUAAUGCUUGGACGUAAUAACAGAGGGUUUGAAUACAACAGCAUGUUUGAAAGACUCAGCUGGCAACAAUCAAUAUUCUGUCAGGUUCCUCAGCAGAGUUGUCACAGCGUGCACUGGUCAAAGAUUACCAGGCUGAAAGGGUACAGCAGGUUUGGGGGAAUUUCGAGCAUGAGUUUCACAUCUCAUUGCUGCUGGCAGUGGGCUGUGCAGAGGUGCAAACAGAACUACAGCCUUUCCAAGUGAGGCAGGAAUCAGACUCCACUUGCAGAGUAUCAAGAGGGCAUUCACAUUUGGAAUUAAAAUGAAUAGUUCAUCAGGAAUAGCAGGAUAAGAUCCCCUUGGCUAAGCAACAAUGCACCAGCUCCCACCAAAGGUCUUCAGAAAACACUUCACUGUCUUUGGCUUCCCUCAUUUUCUGCCCAGGGUUCCAAUAACCGUGAGGUAUGGUUUUAAAUUUCCCUUCCCUUUUCCUGUAUUGCAUGUUUGUUGUGAGGAAUUAAUUUUUUUCUUCUUGAUUCAGUCAAGACAGAGGAAAACCAUGUUGGAUAUUUUAAAUGUAAUCCCAUUUUUGGAGCAGGAUAAGAAGAAAUAGGAUUAGAUUUUUAAGUGCAAUCAUAAAAACAUGUUGAAAAAUGUAAUCUGUUCACAAUACCAGAAUCUGUUUCUUUUUAAGCACAUUCAGAUUUCAAAUGUGGGUACAUUUUGGAAAAGUAAUCCACUUUGAAGUGAAGUAAUCAGAUUUUUCAUGUAAUCCAUUUAUUCUUUGUAAGCAAUACAUUUUAAACAUAAUCUAAUUAUGAUCUUGGGAAGUAAUUGAUUUUAAAGCAAUUUUAAAAAUAUAAUCCUGGGACAGAUUCUUGAGGUUUGGUGUUGGUCUGUGUUGGGCUUUAAGCAGAUCUGGCUGGAUUGCCCCCUGGUCUAGUGGUGCAAGUGGCUCAUUUCAGCAGGGAAAGGCUUGCUCAGGUUUGCCCUCUGCUGCAGUCACAGACUGCUCAGGCUGCACGUUGGUCCAUCAGACCUGCCAGCACUUUACUGCACUUUGCUAAUGACACAAAACCUGAACCUGACCAGGAAGAGAAGGAAGAAACAAACAGAUGAAUCAAAACAUUUCUGUUUGCUGUGUGGGCAGGAGUCCUGGCUCUGCCUCACUGCCCAGGGUUUAAGCAACCAAAUAAAGCCUCUUAGUUGGUCCCUUUGAAGUCCAGGCUGGGCUCAAAUUCAGUGGUGUGUGCUUGUCCUGCACUACUGAUUUGAGGAAUUACUGAGUUUCUUUAAAACAGAACUCAUUCUUUUUGCUGGGCACUGGGACUGAUGCGCUGCCUGCUCACUUAAUCCUCAAAAGAGCCCAUAGCUUUUAAAUUUGCAGGCUUGCCACAGAAAUGGAACCCAGCUUGGAAUGAAACGGUGUCAAACUGCUAAGUAUUGUUAUUUCUCUUCACAGAUGAGCUGGGGCUUGUUCAACAACUACCAAAGAUGAUCUCUGGGAACAUUCAAAGGAAGAAACAAAGAGUGGGGAAGAGCUUAAGCUUUGCUGCUGAGCUCCUGACCAGAACAUGCUCAUCCUGGACUUUUGUGUCUUUUAGCUUAGUGUUCCCUGUCAGUCUUAAGAGGUGCUGGACAACCUUCUGAAUAAAGGUAGAAGAUACCAGUUUUUGUUCUGAUGCUUUGGGAUAUUUCUAAAGCAAUAUACUCUCUGUAAUUUUAAAUGUACAUGGGAGAAAUGGUUUUGAAAAUAAUGAUAGAAGAGGGGAAAUCAGACUGGCCUUUAUUUUUGCAACUGCAGUGCUAUUACUGAAAGCCACCCUUAAACUCUGAAAUAGAUAUUCCUUUGCUUUCCAGCUACAAAGCACGUUACUUUCUGAGGUCAAAAACAGAUAGAAAACAAAUGCACAAAAUUCUGUGUCUGUGUAGAUUACAUUAAUCUAAAUGGAUUGCACUACUGAAACCAGAGAAUAGUUGAGAAUUUAUUUCUUUAGGAGAAGAAUUAGACCUCAAAUGAAAAAUAA